AUGGCGAGUCCUGAUCCUGUGCAGCGGGCUGCACUGUACGUGGGUGACCUCCACGCUGACACCACCGAGUCCGACUUGCAAGAGGCGUUUCAAACGAUGGGGCCUGUGACCUCCGUUUAUCUCUGUCGCUGCGCUGUCACGGGGAAAAGUCUCCGUUAUGCUUACGUCAAUUUUCAUAAUCACUCUGACGCAUCUAAGGCUAUGGCAUGCCUGAACUGCUCUGACUUGAAGGGAAUACCGAUGAGGAUAAUGUGGUAUCAGAGAGAUCCUUCUGUAAGAAAAUGUGGCACCGGUAAUCUCUUUAUCAAGAACUUGGACCCUUCAGUCAAAGGCACCUGCUUGCUGGGUUUGUUUUGCCAGUUUGGAACUGUUCUCUCUUGUAAGGUGGCUGAAGAAAAUGGCAAGAGUAAAGGUUUUGGGUUUGUUCAGUUUGACUCGGAGGAAUCAGCCGCUGCUGCUCGUACUGCUCUGCAUGAUACUGUAUUUCGUGGAAAGAAGUUAUAUGUUUCAAAAUUUGUUAAGAAGAUCGACAGGAUAGCCACUGGUGAAAACUUAAAAUUCACCAAUUUGUAUGUGAAAAAUCUGGCUGAAGACAUGACAGAGGAUGCCCUUCAUGAGAUGUUUUCUAAAUUUGGAAAGGUUUGUAAUGUUGUCAUCAUGAAGGAUGGGAAGGGCAAUUCAAGAGGCUUCGGAUUUGUCAACUUUGAGUCAGCAGAAGAGGCUAGAAAGGCUGUGGAUGUCUUGAAUGGUGCACUAAUGGGUUCAAAGAUUUUGUUUGUUGGAAGGGCUCAGAAGAAGGCUGAGAGGGCAGAGAGAUUAAAACGUGAACUUGAGGAUACAUACAAUUCAAAGAUUCAGAAGUUGAAGGCCUCAAAUCUGUAUGUGAAGAAUCUCAAUGCCUCUGUUGAUGACAAAAAAUUGCAAGAAUUUUUUGGUCGUUUUGGAUAUAUAAUUUCUUCAAGAGUGAUGCGCCAUAACGAUGGAACAAGUAAAAGAUUUGGCUUUGUGUGUUUCUCCACUCCUGAAGAAGCAAAGAAUGCCUUGGAUACACUUAAUGGGGCCAAUUUUGAAGGAAGGACUCUCUAUGUGGCAAUAGCACAGAGUAAAAGAGAUCGAUGCAAGGAAUUACACAAAAUCUAUGCACAAGUUCCAGUUCUGCCUGCAUAUCCUCCCAACUGCGGUGUCAGUCCUCAAUACAGCUCUUUUUAUUGCAGUUACGAUCCUUGCUCUUCUCCAUUCUCUCUACUGCACCAGCCGGUCUUAUGUCAACCUUACUCAACAAAGCAUUACCAACAAAACAAUUCCUAUUAUGUAAGUAUAUUGCUAAAUUCUUCCUGCAACUGGGCUCUGAUGGCUACAAUUCUUUCUGAUUCUGUUCUUAAGUUAAUCUUUAAAUCACGGAUUCCAAUGGUACAAAUUCAUCUGGGUAGCACUGGGGAUGCCCGGAACUGGUUUUGCCAAGACCCUCCUGAUUGCAUGACACAAAUAACUGGACUGCAGAUGGGUGUGAAUAAUUCUGAGGUAACGAAACCGCAAAACUCACCAAAUUCCUCCAAUGGAGCAACUUCUGGAAGUCAUGCUGUGGUGAGAUCUUCUUUGAGCAGCAAGAAUAGGGCUGGGAAUGUUAUCUACCGCCUUGUUGAUAAACUUCAGCCUGAGUGUAUUACAAAGAUAACUGGACUGCGGUUGGAUGUGAACAACUCUGAGACAAUGAAUCUGCAAAACACACCAAAUUCCUUGGCUAAACAAGCUAACAACAAGAACUUACCAAAUACCUUUGCUAAACAAGCUAACAACAUGGUUCAAGUCUUGAAGGAGGCAAAUGCUAGGACAAGUGCAGACGGUGGUGUUGCUUUGCAAAAGUCUGUCACCUGCUUGAGCUACUAA